AUGGAGACGGGAGGCGACAAAGCCGAUGAGUCGCAGGAGCAGCGCAUCGCCGCACGCCGACAGCGCGUCUUAAAGAUGAUGCGCUGCAUGAACGGAGAUGGCGACGAGAUACAAAACACUAUAACAGUGGAAGAGGAUGAUGCACCAAAAGAUUUGGGAGGGCAACGCAUUCAAGAGGUACGUGAAGAGAUGGCGGAGGUUUAUAAUAAAGCGCACAGCGCGUUAACCAACUGGGAUGUCGCUGCAUGUGCAAAUGAAAGUGAUCGUCGGAGCCGUGAAGAAGUUGCACUGAUAGAGCGCCGGAAGAAGCGGGAGGAAGAUGCGGAGGAAAACGAAGCCCGGAGCGGUGCAAUUCAAUUAAGGUUCGAGUCUAUUUAUAAACUGGACGUCCCCCACGACAUGCAGCGCGCCCUCGACGACCAACAGAAGAGCUGCGAAGAGGUGAUUGCAGUAAAGGAUCGUCUCAUCGAGGCCCUCCGGUUACAGUUAGAAGAACGGGAGGAAGAGUUCGUAGUGGCGUUGCGACGGAACGCAGAGGAUGUAAGAAGUCUUAUCGAGGAGAUGCGCAAUCAGACGGAAAAGUAUCUAGACAGCUACACGCGCAAGCUUCGGGAAGUGGAGAGCACGUACGAGCAGGAACGGCAGGGCCGUAUCGCAAAAUAUAAUGAGGAGAUUCAGCAACUCAUGAAGGUACGCCGCACACGCGAGACGGAGUACCGUAAGAAGAGGGAAGCAAAGAUUUUAGAGGCGCAGAAGAAGAUGGAUGACAAGCACUGCGACAGUCGAGAGGAGUACAACGAGAUUAAGCGGGAGCAUUUGAAGGAGAUUCAUUCCCUAAUGGAGGAACUUGAGCGGUGUAAGGCGGAGUUUCUCCUCAAUGGGGAGCGGUUGAGCUAUAACCUACAGGUACUUCGCGAGCGCAUAAAGGAAAACAAAAACACACAGACUCUGAACAAGAGAAAGUUGGCGCGGUUGCAGGACACGUUGAGCUCCCUCGUUUCCCGCUACGCAGAGUCUGAGAAGCGAUACCAACGCGCUAACAAGGACCUCACUGCCCAGCUGCAUCGUGUUGCAGGACAGUACCGUGACCUACAGAGAAAAUUUCAGUUAUUUGAAAAAGCGGAUAGGGAGAAGUACCGUCGGUUGUGGCGAAUGCAUGAGGAGAAAAACACUCAGUUGGUGCAGAAAUGCCUUCAGGCAGAUCGUGUUAUAUUUGAAGAUAUUCUCGGCAUGCCGUGGAAACCCCCGGAGUUGAACUACUGGCACGAAGAUCAGUUGACGAAUGUUGUGGAGGAAGAAGACGCCGUUAGUAGUGACGAAGAAAUUGAACUGUCCGAGGAAGCCGUUAUGCUGCUCGGGAUCCUGAAACAACAGGCACCGUUUAUUGCGGACAACAAUGUAUUAGAGGCGAUUGAAAUGGUUAAUGGGAUAACUGAAGAGCGGGCUAACAUUGAGGCCAUUCUCUCCACACUGCAAAUACGCACGACUGAGGAAAUGGAAGAUAUGUUACAGUUCUUCAUUGUCGACGAUGAGGACGGAGAAGCAACCCUCAUCAGUCCACAGGACGCUGUUAGUGCGCUCCAGGCGUUCCUCAAUUCCCGAACGCAGAAACAAGCACAAAAAUUAGAGAGCCAGAAACAAUCUGACAAGAAAAACACGCAGACAGAGAAGGCAAAGCAAGGGGAACGGCAGCGCAUAGCGGAGAAGGAGUAUUGGACACGUAUGGGCGACUCCGUGCCAGUGGAUCACCGACGGGUUUGGGGAUUUCUUGAGAAGGGACUUGACCGUUACCUUAAACAGUUAAAGCAGCGCAAAGCCUUGAUUGAACAAACGGAUAGCCUUCGCGCGCACAACGCAGAGCUGUGUGAUCUUCUUGGUCAGUACGUCCAGCGAGGCGCCAACUUCCAGUUGAACAUGCCACCAAAGCUGUUGUUGGAAACCCGUGCCCAUACCUGA